AUGAGCGCUCCGCCGUCAAUAGCUUCAGUAUCGUUCGAACAGCACGCUUCAGGACGGGGCAUCGGGAUACGUGAGCCCCGCAUCUCAUGGAGAUUUUCAGCAAAUGAGCACACGGAAAGAGACUGGGUCCAGACAGCUUAUACGCUGGAGAUCACCCGUAACUCGGAACCUCCAGAGUCUCACCAUGUGCUGUCCGCGGAGUCAGUGCUCGUCCCUUGGCCCAGUCAUCCUCUCCGAUCCCGCGAGGUUGCGCAUGUUCGUGUGCGCGCGAAUGGAGGGUCAAACCCACAGCACACGGAAUGGUCAGAAUGGACGACGGUGGAAUGCGGUCUGUUGAAACGAGCCGACUGGGCGGCCAAAGCAAUCACCAGUCCCCUCCAGCAGUCCGAGGGCCCCUUGCGGCCUCUGCGAUUUCGCAAGACCUUCACAUUGCCUGCGGCCGCGAUCAAGCAUGCACGCCUCUAUAUCACCAGUUUGGGGGUCUUUCAAGCGUACAUCAACGGCAUCUCCGUGGGGGAUCAUUGCAUGUCACCGGGAUGGACCAGCUACAAACACCGCCUGAACUACGAGGUGUUUGACGUGGCGUCUCUACUGCAACCAUCGCGAACCAAUGUGAUCGCGGUCGAAGUGGCGGAGGGAUGGUAUGCCACGAGACUCGGAUUUGGAGGCGGUCGACGCUUCGUCUAUGGGAAUGAGAUGGCUCUAAUCGCACAGCUUGAGAUUGACACCGGAAACGAAAAGAGGAGUAUUCUCACCGAUUCCACUUGGAAGUGCCACGUCUCUGCCAUUGUGUCGAGUGAGAUCUACGACGGUGAAGUUUACGAUGCUCGCGAAGAACAGCCCGGUUGGUUAGAUAACUGCUCCAUGGACGAGGCGUCCUGGAAAUCGGUGCGGGAAACCGAAUUCCCCACCACGGAGCUUGUCUCGCCCAGUGCACCUCCAGUGCGAAUCACCCAAGUCGUGAAAGCUGUCAAUCUUGUCAAGACACCUCUGGGGAGGAUCAUUUUCGACUUCGGUCAAAAUCUCGUUGGACGCCUGCGAGUUCCCUCACUCAACAAACCCGCCAACCACUCGGUGACGUUCACCUACGCCGAGGUUCUCGAAAGACAGGAGCUAUGCACUCGACCGUUGCGAAAAGCCAAGUGCACCGACACAUGCAUCUCGGCAGGAGCAGAGAUUCGCGACUGGGCACCUCAAUUCACAUUUCACGGAUUUCGCUUCGUUCAAGUUGAUGGUUGGAGUCCCGAGGACGAGAUUGAUCCGCUCACUCUCGACAGCUUCGUGGCCGAGGUGAUGCAUUCUGAUCUCGAGCGCAGCGGGUGGUUCACGUGUUCACAACCGAUGGUGAAUAAGUUGCACGAAAAUGCCAUUUGGAGCAUGCGUGGUAACUUUCUCUCCAUCCCAACCGACUGCCCCCAGCGUGAUGAGCGCCUAGGUUGGACGGGUGACAUUCAAGUCUUUGCUCCAUCGGCUUGCUUUUUGUACGACACAGCCGGAAUGCUCAGUGACUGGCUGAAGGACCUUGCAGCCGAACAACUCGCCUCUUCUAAUGCGAUUCCUCCCUUUGUAGUUCCGAAUGUUCUUCCGGAGACAGUGUGGCCCGUGUUCCCACAGGCUCUGUGGGACGACGUCGCCAUCUUGCUGCCCUGGACUCUAUAUCAAAACUACGGCGACACAGAGGUUUUGCGACGCCAGUACCCCAGCAUGACGACCUGGCUGGAUCGUGGCAUUCAACGGGGACCAGACCGUUUGUGGGACGACACUCUCUUCCAGUUGGGUGACUGGCUUGAUCCGACCGCACCACCGGAUCGACCUGGAGAUGCUCGCACGGAUGGAACGUUGGUCGCAGACGCAUACCUUGUGCAUGUCACCCGAACCCUGGCCACGAUUGCGGCCAUUCUUAACGAGAAGGCUGACGCAGCACGAUACGAGCUCGAGUUUCUCGCGCUGAAAUCGCGGUUUCAAUACAAAUAUAUCUCACCAGAGGGCUAUCUGGUAGGAGAUACACAGACAGCCCUCAGUCUGGCGAUUGUGUUUGAACUGAUUGAUUCGCCUAUACAAAUUGUGAAUGCUGGUGCUCGACUCGCAAGACUCGUCCGCAAAGCUCAGUUUCGAGUCUCGACUGGGUUCGCGGGUACGCCACUCAUCACUCAUGCACUGACGGCAACCGGACACGUACAACUUGCAUACAGGAUGCUACAAGAGCAAUCUUGUCCUUCGUGGAUGUAUCCCAUUACCAUGGGAGCAACAACCAUCUGGGAGCGAUGGGACAGCAUGCGUCCGGACGGAAGUAUCAAUCCGGGAGAAAUGACGAGCUUUAACCACUACGCCCUGGGCUCCAUCAUCAACUGGCUUCACAAAACCGUGGCCGGGGUAAGUCCAUUGGAACCUGGGUGGAGGCGAGUCCUCGUCCACCCGAUUCCCGGCGGAACCGUCAAUCAGGCUGAGGCAAUUUACAACACCGUGUACGGGCGAUUGGAAUGCAGGUGGAAAAUCGUCUGGGGUAAGUUUGAGCUGGAAGUGAUGGUUCCGCCGAAUUCAUGGGCGCGGGUGGUACUUCCGGGGGAAGGUGCUCAAGGCGGACACUGGGUUGGGUCGGGAACGUGGACUUUUGAGACUUGGUUUGAUAGUCAAAUUGGAUGGCCGCCUCAAGAGCUGAAGCUGGACUUUAACUCAAACACUGUCCGCCUCGAUCUCGGCAAUCACUCUCCAACAACAGGUGGUGCUCGCUCGAAGAAAUCGACCUCGACGGCAAUUGACUUGGUGAAGCUUUCGUGGGAGGAUGCCGGUGGUGCUCUGCCUGAGAGGAUCGGCAUCUGA